AUGUCACAACAAGAACAAGCCGCCGCUGAGGCCUCGGUUAACCAGCACUUUAAUAACCAGACUCAGCAACAGCGAAUAGCCGCGCUGCUCGAAGCCGCAGGUAUUCCACCUCAUGGCGUGGACGGAGCCCUGCUUCGGAAUCCGGCCGUUCUAGAUCAUCUAUCCUCGUCGGUGAACAAAGCACUGAUUGAUGCGAAGUUGGCGAUGAACAAAGCGGACUUCGAUGAUAACAUCCGUGGCCUUUCGUUCCCCGAGAAGUCUGACAACUCGUACACGAGUCUCAAGAAGGCCCUGCGCGCGUUAAACGCCGAGGACUACCAGGAGUACCUUGUCGAGUCGUGCACCAACGGAUCCUUCGAGCUUGUCCAGCUAUUGUUAGAUCUGGACAACAUUCCCGAGCGAAUGUGCGCGGAGAAGGUCAAGGUGGUUUAUCAUCAAUACCACAAGGUCAACUUCCAGCGCUUCCAAGCGAACGGCGACGAGCGUGCAGCAAAGGGUGAGAUGACGCCUCUGAUGGAGGCCGCCUACAACGGGCACGAGGACAUUGUCACGCUGCUGAUCAACCACAGCGUCGACAUCAACGCCAAGAGCUCGACAGGCAACACUGCGCUCAUGUACGCCUGCUGCCGGGGGCACGAGACGAUCGUCCAUAACUUGCUCUGCGCUGGAGCGAACACCGAAAUCUUCAACGAAAAUGGCCAUACACCGCUGAUGGAAGCAGCCUCUGGAGCCCAUGUUAACUGUGCCAAGCUUCUUGUCUGUCAUGGAGCCGAGAUCAACUGCGCUUCGAACGAGUUCAAGGAGUCCGCGCUUACGCUCGCCUGCUACAAGGGAAAUUACGACAUGGUCCGAUUCCUGCUCUCUGCUGGUGCCGAUCGCGAGCAUAAGACCGAUGAGAUGCAUACUGCGCUGAUGGAAGCUUCGAUGGAUGGUCACACUGACGUCGCCCGGCUCCUUCUCGACUCAGGAUGCAAUGUCAACAUGCCACCGGAGUCUUUUGAAUCGCCAUUGACGCUCGCCGCAUGUGGUGGCCAUACCGAUCUCGCGAGACUGCUCAUUGAACGCGGAGCGAACUUGGAGGAGGUUAACGACGAGGGCUACACAGCGCUGAUGGAGGCUGCUCGAGAGGGACACGAGAAAGUGGUGCAAGUUCUGAUUGAACAUGGCGCGAAUGUCAACCAGCAAACGGAGGAGACACAGGAAACAGCUCUUACCUUGGCUUGCUGCGCUGGAUUCAACGAGUGCGCUCGUCUGCUUAUUGAAGCCGGAGGGGACAUCGAAAAAGGCGCAAGCACGCCUCUCAUGGAAGCAUGUCAGGAGGGCUACGACGACUUGGUUGACUUUUUGAUAAGAUCGGGAGCAAAGGUCACUUCUGUUGCAAACAAUGGUGACACUGCUCUCGACUUGGCUGCAGAAAAUGGACAUAAGAAGAUCUGUGAAGCAUUGUUGCGCGCUGGUGCCAAGCUUGAACAUCGCUCUGAAGGCGGAAGAACUCCGUUGAUGAGAGCUGCUCGACAGGGGCACGAGUCCACUGUGGAUUAUUUGAUCGAGGUCGGCGCUAAUGUGAAUCUGUACUCUGAAAACAACGAGCACACUGUCCUCUCGUUCGCUUGCUCUCACGGGCAACUCGGCGUUGUUCAACGAUUGCUACAAUCGGGUGCCAAUCCGAACGCAAAACUCAAGGACAACUCUACGAUGUUGAUUGAGGCAGCCAAGGGUGGCCAUACCCAGGUUGUUCAGCUCUUGCUUGAUCCCAAUCGAGCGGGAGCGCGUUAUGUGUUGAAUGAAUACCCGAUUCAGGAACAGAGGUCGGAAGAGAUUAACUUCGAAGAAGUUGUCGAUGUCCUGAACUCUGUGAAGGAUAUGAUUAGUCAGCCUGGUGAAGGGGUUCUCCCACCAUCGCCAAUCGAAGCCCAAAAGCGCCUUGAGGCACUGGAGCUCAAAAUAAAAAGUGCGUUCGACCAACGUGUAGAUGGUUCGGCUACUAACCAGGAACUCCUCGCCAAGGAGAUAGCGCAGAUUCAGAAGGAGAAGAAGCACAAGCAAAAUCUCAUGCGGGAGCUUCAGGACGUUGAGCGACAGAUCCACCAGAAAAUGCUCGACAAAGUCUCCAAGACGAUUCCUAAGAGCGCCAUGGAGCGACCUGCUGAUGUGAUCUACCCACCAGGGGAUCUUCCCUCUGCGGGGAUCAGCGCGAUGCCCAACUGGCCUGCGACGCACCCGGACAAUGUCUUCGAGGAGCACCUAAGACCUGAGGAUAUCCCGCGUCGAAUAAACUUUAGGCGAUUUAGUAAACUUAGCCAGAAUGAGUGGGGUUUCAGUCCAGAGGAGUUGAACGAGAUAAUGAAGCAUAUCCAAGUUCUGGGCCCGGCGAUUCAAAAGGCUAUCCAACGACAUCUCCAAAACCCAACUCCAGUGGCGGAGCUAACGGGCACUGAAUCAUCACAAUCUGUUGUGAGAAGCGUUCAAGGGAACAAACAAACAACAACCACCAGCGCCGUGAAGACAACAACGAAGACAACCGUGGAGACCCAUCAGCAGCCAGUCACUGCCGAUCAGCCUUCUGCUGUUCGAAUUGGUAUUCAAUCUGGCCAGGAGACACCGCCGAUUGACGAGAAUUCCAUCGCAGAUGGUAUCAACGACAAGACGGACUCCAAUCAUGAUACUCCUCUAUCUCUUGCUUGCCAAGGAGGACAUACUGAACUCGUGCAGCUCCUUGUAUCAAAAGGCGCUGAGCUGGAACAUCGCGACAAGAAAGGCUUCACGCCUUUGAUCCUCGCCGCUACUGGUGGAUUUUCCGAAAUCUGUGAGCUACUCAUCGAAGCUGGAGCUGAUGUCGAGGCGCAAUCCGAUCGCACUAAAGAUACUCCUCUCUCGCUUGCUUGCUCCGGUGGCAAGAAAGAGGUCGUCGAACUUCUUCUCGAUCGCGGCGCCAAGAAAGAGCACCGAAACGUAUCUGACUACACGCCACUUUCACUUGCUGCAUCUGGCGGAUACAUCGAGAUCAUUAAGAUUCUUCUCGACGCCGGUGCUGAAAUUAACUCUCGAACCGCUUCGAAGCUUGGCAUUUCUCCUCUCAUGCUUGCAGCUAUGAAUGGGCACCUUGAAGCUGUCACACUUCUUCUCGACCGCGGAGCAGACAUCAACGCACAGAUCGAAACUAACAAGAAUACAGCUCUUACACUUGCCUGUUUCCAGGGGCGUGCUGAAGUUGUCGAAAAACUUCUUGACCGACGGGCUAACGUAGAACAUAGAGCCAAGACUGGCCUCACACCACUGAUGGAAGCCGCUUCAGGUGGGUAUGUCGAUGUCGGCCGAGUCCUCCUCGAAAAAGGAGCUGAGGUCAACGCUCUUCCUGUGCCAACAUCUCGUGAUACCGCCCUUACUAUCGCUUCUGACAAGGGCCACAAGCUCUUUGUCGAUUUACUCCUCAAGUACAACGCUCACGUUGACAUCAAGAACAAAAAGGGAGACACCCCAAUUUGGCUUGCGAGUCACUCUGGCCAUCUGGAUGUGGUUCAAAAGCUCAUCGAGCACAAAGCUGAUCCAUCUCUUUGUGAUACGCGAAAUGUCUCUCCACUAAUGGCUGCUUUCAAAAAGGGCCACUUUAAAGUGGUUAAAUACCUUGUGAAGAAAGUGACCCAGUUUCCAAGUGAUACUGAAUGCUACAAUUACAUACAGAGCAUUAAGGACAAAGACCAAGAUCUCAAAAUGAAAUGCGCCAACUGUGUUGAGAUAAUCAUUCAGGCGAAAGUAAAGCAAGAGAAGGAAGCUGAGAGACACGCACAAGAGCUGCUUGAGAAGAUCGACCAAGAGCACAUGGUUAACGAGACAAAGCGUAAGAAAAAGGAGAAGCAAAAGCAUAAGAAAGCGGAAAAGAUCAAAAAAGAGAAGGAGAUCAAGGCUGAGGAAGAACAGAGAGCCUUGGAGGCCCUUGCCGCUUCAGCUCCAACAACUCCUCCAAAACCAGCUGAGCCAACUCCAGUUGUUGAGUCAACUCCACCAUCGCCGCAGAAGACAAAGAACAGAAAACAAGCUCGACAGCCGCAGAAGGAGCCUGAGCCAGAGCCAAAAACUGAUUCCUCUCCUAAGGUAGAAGCUCAAGUUGACCGCGUUCCUACCAUUGAAUCCAACGAGCCUGCUAAGCCCGCUGAGCCCGUACAGACUAAAUCUGAGAAGAAGGGCAAGAAAGAACGAAAAAAGCAGCAGCAAGCGGAGGCAGCUCAAGUGGAUGGUGUCAAAGGCGCUGCCGUUGAGCAGCAGCCCGAUGUGUGGAAGGAUGUGAAGCCCGUUCGAAAGAAGGAGUUCCAGAAGAUGAGCCUUGGUUCUAACUACAUUGCCAGAGUUAUUGGCAGAAGUGGUUGUAACGUGAAUGCAAUUCGCGAUGUCACUGGCACUCAUAUCGACAUCGAAAAACCCAAGAAAGGCGGUGGAGAUAGAACCAUCACGAUCCGAGGUACACCUGAACAGACAUGCCUGGCGAAGAAACUAAUGGACGAGCUCAUCAAGAAUCCAGACAUGGAGAUCGAUGACAUCAUCCACAAGUAUAUUCCAAAUGCCAAGAGCCGCUCCCGAGAGCGAGUGAGCGAAGUAGAAGAGGAAGAGCCUGAGCCCAAGAGCCUCAACUUUGAGAAGAUCCUCGCUGCUGUUCAACAAACCGAAAAGGAUCAGCGAGAAAAGGAGAAGAAAGUGGAAGCCAGAAAGAAGAAACAAGCUGAGGAAGCGAAGGCACGGCAAGAAGCCCAACUGAAGGCUCAACAAGAGAAAGAAAAGCAACAAGCUCCGAUAGUGCCCCAGGCACCUAAACCCGUUGCAGUCAGUACUUCUCUGCCUCCUACCCCAAGACCAAAGAAAGUUGUAGAACCUAUCCCUCCUGCUGUUCCAAAGACUGUGUCAACUCCUGUCGAAGAUGCUGUCUCCCAGCACUUGCGAAACCUGCGAAAGCGUGAUGAAAUGGAACGCAAGCGAACAAAGGAUGAUGACAUGAAAAUCAAGGUCGAAGUCGUCCAAAAACAGGUCGCCGACCUGGUCAUCGACCCCAUUCAAGUGCCGCUUCCACCUGCUGUGAGCGUCGCUCCUCUCUCUACAUCCAUGUCACAUUCUCUGCCGGCUCCCGACUGGAGUGAUGUUCAAAAUCCAAAUGUCGAGAUCAUCAACGGCCCGCGUACUCAUCCUGGUCCCAUCGGCCCCCCAAAAUCGCGACAAGAUAUUCCUGGAUCGAUUUCCCCUUACGCCAACCAACCAGUUCAGCCUCCGUCCAACUCCUUCCAGCCCUCCCAGCACUACCAGAUGGACUCGUCGUUUAGAUCACCCGUGCAAGGCAUGCCACAACAAGUGGUUCACUCACCUGGUCACGUUAAUCGCCCACUCUUCCCAGAUUCUGAUGAUCGCUUCGCCACAAAGCCGAUCCAGCGCGUCCCGCCAAUUAUGGCUCCCCAGCCACAAGACGAUUACCCUCUCCCGAAGACAAGUAUCUCUUCAAAAUGGGAACAAGAAGAGCACCACAUCACCCCCUUCCAUCAUUCCUUUGGCCCCCUGGGCGGAGGCUUCCCCUCCGAGCCCUUCAAUGAGAGCAGUCACUUCCGAGAACGCCCCAAUCCUCAAGUUCAACCUCCAGAUUUCCCAAGACAUCCUAACCUGCCCCUCUUCGACGCCCCAUUCGAGCGACGGAACCCUGGUGCAACUGGAGCGAUUGGAGAAGGUCGACCAAGCUCCUCGUUCCGACCAGCUUCCAACAUGCCCGACUUCAUUUCUCACUCGAAUAUAACCCGCCCCAUGCAAAAGCAUGACUGGGAUCCCCCACCAAGACUAAUGCCUUCAAGUGAUUUGGGUGGGUUCCAAGCACCACGAUGGAGCCAACCAACAAGCCAGCCAUCCCAUCCAAACCUAUCACUUGGCUCGUCCAGCUACAUGCCAAGCAGCGGAGCAGGUGACCCAGCUCUUCAGCUGCGACAGGACUACAUGAGUUCCCAUCAACAAAUGCGAAUGGAUGGUCCCUCUCUGCUGGACAGAAAUGGUUACUCCUACCAUGGAUUCCAAACCAAUCCAACCUCGCAAUCCGCUUAUAAUCACCAACAGCAUUGGAACAAUUAA